AUGGGCUCCGAUGACCGAAUACAGUAUUACGCGACGCCGGACGCGCCGUUCCGUCAACCGAAAUCCCGUAACGAAAACCCGAACGAAAAUCCGCCCCGGUACGUGGCAAUAGCGACAACGGCAACGCCGUCGGCUCGCCGUUUGCGUACAUUGUACGCGCGGCACGCGUUAAUCCCGGACACGUCUCGAUGCCGUGCUCACGAGUGUGUACUAUGCGUAGCCGUGGCGUACACAUUACGCAUUGCGAAACAAACCGUUCGAGUACAAUCGAGCGUCCCGACGGACCGUGUCUUUGUGCGGCGUACGAUCGCGACGAAUUUAUCGACUACACGCUAUACGGGGUAA